CGGAGCUCAGAAUAACACGAGAGAUUACACAGAGAACUAGACAGCCUUUUCUUAACACUGCAAUAUUCCGAUCGCGCUUGGAUUGUAACUAUGACUCUGGAAGAGAUUCACGGACAGGAGAACACAAUGGAAAACGCUGAUAGGGUGCAAAGUGCAGGCGCAGCCCUGGAAGAGCUGCUGAUCGCUGCUAAGAAGCAGGACUACCUGACAGUUGGAGUUUAUGAAUCCGCCAAAGUCAUGAAUGUUGACCCAGACAGCGUGGCAUUCUGCAUUCUCGCCACCGAUGAGGAAUACGGGUGUGACAUUGCUCUUCAAAUCCACUUCACUCUCAUUCAGGCUUUCUGCUUUGACAACGACAUCAACGUGGUGCGUGUCAACGAUAUCGACCGCCUGGCCGACCUCGUGGGUGCAGAUGAAACCGGCGAGCCCAAGGACGCGCACUGCAUUCUUGUCACGAGCCCCAGCGCAAACCCAUGGAAAGAUCCUGCUCUGGACAAGCUGAGUCUGUUCUGUGAGGAAAGUCGCAGUGUGUGCGACUGGGUGCCCACCAUCACACUCCCAGAGCGCUGAAGUGACAUCCCCCCUACAGAUGUUUCACAUGACGACGAUGAAAAGAAAGUCAACGAGCUGAGCUUCAGCUGGGGGCCUCAUGCCUUUCUGCCUCACAUGUCUGGAUUAAGAGGCUGUGGCUUUAACCCCCUCUGCAAGAGCACACUCUUCCAGUGCAUCCUGGGUCAGCGUGUUGGUUCUGGAUUACCCUGCGGAGGGGUUCAGAGUUUAUGUGUGGACUUGCUCAGGUGUAUGUGGAGUGGACAGAAUGCCUGAUGGACACUGAGGAGUUGGACUGUACUUCAUAGUACAUUAAAAGAUGACCCAGUGACUGCCCUUUAACAUACACUGGGGGACUAAGCAGAGAAGGUCAAAGAGAGAUACUGUGCAAGAAGUGGACUGGAAAGUGGACUGGACUCAUCAGAGGGAAACAGGUCAGAUGCAGAUCCAGAAGAAGGUGUCUGAAAGUGUCUAAGAGGACUUUUCUUUUUGAGUGCACCUAUCAGGAAGUUCUUGGAAUAAGCAGAAACUGCUUGCAAAUCCGGAUGUAAGCUGCACCUAUAACCUGUGACACUUUUAAUGGACUACUCAUUUUACUUUCACAUAUGCAUACAGAGCAAUGCAGUAUUGAUUUGUAUUGUACUCAUUUGAAAUGCUUUUGUGAAUAAACAUUUGUAAUCAAACUCA